AUCAGCAAACUGAGGAGCACAAGAUAUUUGAGUGCAGGUUUUUGAAGACAUCAGGAACCAGAAAUACGAUGGGGAUCUCAGUCCAUUUCACAUUGCUGUUGUUCUGGUUGACACAAGAUUUUGUGAGCUGUGUUAAUAUGAAGACUCCCACUGAAUUCUUGGCAGUCGUGCUGGGAGACACUCUCACAUUAAACUGCACCUACAACUGCUCCACUGGAUUUGUUCGAGGCUGCUGGAGCGUAGAAUCUGAUAAUUCCCGCUGUCAGGGGACAUUAAGCACGAGCAGGUUUUGCACACUAUCACUGCUUCUGUCAAAUGUGUCCGCUGAAGACCUCAAUAAGAGUUACACUUGCUACACGCAAGACACGGAAGACCCUCAACUUCCACAAAAAACUGAGCGUGUUGUUUUACUGCAACUGGAAGUUCAAACCAAGGCCCCACACUGGACAGUUACCCCAAAGACAGACAGUAAAAACUUGUCCCUUCCUGCUGAGCCAAACGAUUCAAAUGGAGGAGAGUUCACAGGGAUUAAGGUUUUGGUAACAGUAACUGUGGCUGUUGCCAUAAUUUUGGCAGCAUUGGCCGCCUACCUGUUUGUAAACCAGAUCAGACAGAGCUGGAAUGAUAAAGGGGAGCCUGUUGUUUCCAGGGCAGGCUCAACACUACCACUUCACUCUGUUUCCUCACCAGUGACGGGGUCAAUGUCCACACAAAAUGAAAGAGUGACUUUGAGAAUUCCAACACCAGACGAUGACAGCGACACUGAAGUUCCAUAUGCUGACAUAAUGAUCACUGUCCGAGGCGUCAGUACGCCAGAGCUCACUCAGGUUGGCUACUUGACUCCUGGAGAUCAGAAAGAGUGGUGGAGAGGGGAACCGGCGCCUCACCUGCAGGCCUCGCGAUCAGCUGACCGGCUGCACGUGCUCCUGCCCAGAGAGGUCAGCCGCCAGAUGAGCUCCAGCUCCGAGUAUGCAGUCAUCACAUAUGCCUGAGCAGAAAUACACCUCAAUAAACUGAUC